GCGAGGGCGCCGUCCCUCUCUCUGGCCCUGCGUCCGGCGCCGCCGGAUCGAUCAAGAGCAAGAAGAAGGGGGCACCGCCCGAGUUACUUGUUAUCGCCCCCGCCGUCGAAGCACGUGCACCCGUUUACUAUGCAGGUGCAACUAGUCACCCCGCUCAGCGGCUCACAGCAGGGUGCGAGCCGGCCCUCGAUCGACGGCGGGCGCUCGAGCAUGGACAGCGCGCGCCUCCGCAGCUCGUCCCCUGUCGUCUUUCCCGAUGAUCCCCCACAAGCGGGUGUGGACACAUCUUCGGCAUCGGGAAAAGAGCGCAGGCGCAUGUCCUCCUCCUCCAUCGACCCACCCAGCAUCCCGCGCGGAACGCUCGACCGCAGCUUCAGCAUGUCCAGUACCGUCUCCGACGCCUCGUCCGGCGCCGCGAGCGCCAGCUUCCACGCUCCACAGCCGGGGCAUGGGGCAGGCCCAGCUGCAGCCUUGCAGCGCAGCUCGCGCGUCAUGCCGCUGUACAAUCUGUCGUUCCACGCCAUCCUGCCGACAACCAUCACGGACGCAGGGACUGACCAGCGCGUCGCAAAGGUAAGCAAGAAGGGACAUAUCGAACUGGAUGGGUUUGGCGUGCUCGAGCCGCACGAACUCGUCAUUGGCGUUAGCGACCUCGCCACGCUGCACCGGGCUACGCUUGCAGCAAAUGUAGUGGCUGCUACUACUGUUGCUCCUGCUGCGGAUACCGCGGCAGCCGUGCAAGGGGAAGGCCAGCCGUUACACAACAUCGCGCCGCCGCAACGGUCGUCGAUGCUCGACACGACCGAUAGCUCGACCUUCAGCACGAGCAACGGCAGCAAGAGCAUUCCGUCCGGCGUCAUCCCUGCGCCGUGCUCGGCAAAGCAGAGUGCCUCUGCAGCUGCGGGACCUGGUACCGUCGAGCCGCCGACCGGCUUCCAGGCGACGGCGCCCGAAGCGAAAGCGUUCGACGGGGAUAAAAUUGGGGCAAAGCUCAUCCGCGGCAUCAAGCGACUCAGCCUCGCUUCGCAGAGUAAGAGCCAAGGACAACAACAACAGCAGCAGCAGCAGCCGCAGUCCCCUCAUGGGUCGCAUGGUAUCCUCUCGCCUGCUUCAUCGCUGGUCAGCAUCGUUAGCCAAGGCUCGCGCUUGCGCACCAGUCUCGACGUGACUUCGCAUGCACAAGUUCUGGCAGAGAACAUAAGCCUUGCCUCGCGCGGUGCUACCCUACUCUCUGGUGUUACAGUCGCGACCGACUCGCUGCCGAUGGUACCGCUCGAGCGCAAGCCGGGCCAAAAGCGCGCAGAGGGUUACUACUGGACCGUGCGCAAGUGGACGCGCAAACUCGACGAGCAGCUGCACCACUCUGGCGCUGAGUGCGAAGCCAGACGUCACGCCAAACCGACUGAGUCUGCCGCCGCGCAGCAGCUCGACGGAUUCGGACCCGGCCAGAACGAGAUCCUCACCAAGGUCUGGAAACGCUUCAACCUCGUCAACCGCAUGGGCGGAUCCGAAGUUCACCCGGAUGUGCGCAGCAUCCCCUUCCGCCUCGAGUGGACGCGCGACACGCAGCGCAUCCAUCGCCGUCGCGCGACAGAGGAAGCUCGCGCUGCGGCGCAGGCCGGGAUCGUGCCCAGGCGCACGCCGUCGCAGCUCCGCGGUGGCGGUGGCGACAACAGCAGCAACAGGCCUGGAUCGCGGCACAACUCGACAACGCUGCGCCCUGCGCUCAUACCGAAUACCUUGCACGGCUCGCGCCCGAGCUCGAUGCACGGAGGCUCACAGGCCGCUGCGGAGGUCUCGAGCGUUAGCGGCAGCAGCGCCAUCGACCACGGGGACCGCUCACGCGGUACUGAAGAGGACAGCUCUUUGGACCAUGAUCGGUCUAUACCUACGUAUGAUGACGAUGACGAGUCCGAUCCCGAGGACAGCGAGACGCCCUGGUCGUGUCAUCUCGUCCUCGGUCCUCAAACUCGCAUCCCGAUCGGCACGCUUGUUCCGGUGAGUAGCACUGAGCGGAGUUUCAUCAUCUCAGAGCAUUCAGAGAUGACGGCAAAUGUUCCAUUUUUCUCCACUGUCCAUACAGGCCCCGCACCAUCCCGCUCUCAUCGCGCAGCUCGCCAUCCCGUUCCCGCUGCCGGACCUGCGAACCUCGGGUCUGGGUGCAGACGGCGCAGGCCUGACGCGCGAAGAGCUAAAGGACAUCAUCAAUGUCACUGUCCUCCACCUUGUUGUACGCGAAUCGUUCGGCGGCUUGGGAAAAAAGAAGGGCAAGAAGUAGGCAGGCUAAGUUGUCCAGACGCAAGCCGCCUUCUCCGCAUCGUUCCGUCACGCAAGCUUGGUCGUUGUACUUCUGACUGCCUCGCUCUGGCUCUUGACACACCUCUACUCACUCAUCCAUCUUGUAUCAUAGAUUCCACUGUUACGCAAGAAAAAUAGAUACCCCUCGAGGAAGGGAGAGGAGAUGUGUGUGCGUACGUGUAU